AUGCAGACACUUAAAACGGACAUACGGCACAUCUUUAGUCCACGAUUGGCCUGGCAAUCGAUAAUUGAUAAUCAUUUUAGUAUUAGAAAUACACCGUCUGUGAAUUUAGUGACAUAUAUACAGGACAAAGUUCGCGCAAAAAGCGGGAUACAUAACUGAAACUUACGAAGUUGUCACACAAGAUGGAUAUAUCUUGCAACUGGAUAGAAUUGCAGCAUCGAAGAAAAGUCCUCCGUCUGAUAAUAAAACAGCUGUAUUACUUCUUCAUGGGAUUUUAGAUGCCUCAUCUACGUGGCUUGUGGCAGGCCCUGAAAAGGCUUUAGAAGAAACGGUAUACCUAAUCCACACUUCUGAAAUUUUAGGCUUUAUAUUAGCAGAUGAGGGAUACGACAUAUGGAUGGGUAAUGUGCGUGGCAACAGAUACUCACGAAAGCAUUUGAAUCUGACCAUUUUAGACCCAGAUUAUUGGAUGUUCAGUUGGCAUGAAAUGGGAAUAUACGAUAUGCCAGCGAUGAUCGAUCACAUUAUCGAGCAAACAAAGCAGGAGAAGAUUUUUAUGAUAACACACAGCCAGGGUGGUACUGUGUUUUUUGUGAUGGUUAGUGAACGGCCAGAGUAUCAAGAGAAAAUUAUCGCUGCUUUUGCUUUGGCCCCAGCUGUUUUCGUAUCUAGAAAAAACAGUACUUUUCUACAGAUAUUGUCGGCUCAAGCCAAUAAUAACUAUUUCAUAACGUGUUUAAUAGGCAUUCAUGAAUUUAAGCCAGUCGAUACACCUAUACAAAUGAUUAUAAAAGAGAUAUGCCGUGAUGAAUCUCCUUUACAGAUAUUAUGUGUAAACUACGUUUCCUUAUUUGGUGGUAUCGAUGUAGAACUUAAUAGGGCAAAUUUCGCAAAUUUGACUAUGGCCUCGUCGGUAAUAUAGAGAAGUACGGCAAGAUACAUCCUCCUGAUUAUAAUCUCAGCAAUGUCAUAAUACCCGUAUAUUUGCAUUACGGCGCUAAUGAUGUAAUUAUCGACGUUCAGGACGUUCAGAAGUUGUACGAAAUAUUACCCAAUGCUCAGAAAUUUCUGGUAUCAUCCAGGACUUUCGCGCAUUUUGAUUUCGUGUGGGGGAAAAAUGUCAAUACCUUGUUAUACAGUGAAAUUCUGAGUCUUAUGGAGCGUUAUAGAAAAUAAAUAUUAAUUAUUACUUUGUUCGAGUAGUUUACACUUAAUGCAGACUUUUAUGUUUUACCAUGUUAAUAAAAAUACGAAUGUUAAUAAAAAUAUGCAGUCUUGGUUUAGCCGUCGUAUUAUACGAACGUUCGAUACAUCGAUCACGUGUACCUACUUACACAAAGAUAGUGAUAACAAAAGUAUAAGUGUAAUGACAACAGUACGCAUUCCAUAUCCCAACAUACGGUUUGAAAUAUGUAUACAAUCAUUCGGUUUCAACUAUGGAUACAUCGAUUGAUCAACACUAAUUUUCUUGGAUUUCUGAUUAUGAGUCCCUAAAUUAUAAACCUAACUGAGAGCAACAGAUUUUCACAGAAUCUCAUUACCAUGCUGCGAAACUCGACUCUUCAUCUACUAAAGAUCAAGUCUUCAAGCUGUUGGAAUAGGAAAAUUAAUUUGACCUAAAACAAUAAAAUACGUUUCAAAAAUCUCAAAUACCCGAAUAUGGUCAUAUCUGGACAAAAAAGAAACAGUGACACAUCUAACUAUCUCGUAUAAAUCAAUUGUAAUCAAGAAUAAAUCAAUAAAUAUAAGACUAAUGUUAAUCCAGACUUGAAGGAUAAUAAACUCCGAGUUCGAAAACAUCUUUAAAAGAAAUAACAUCGCAUACAAUCAUUAAGAGUAAUAUAGAUUGGACGUUAAAUGGAUCCUCGUGACUUAAGGUCUGAAAUACCGAUCGGGAAAAAUAUCACUGAUAUGCCACGUUAUCAUUUUCGUGUCACAUCCUAUCGUACCGAUUC